AUGGCAUCAGGGCCACAGUCCAUAUCAGUAUCACCUCCUGCACCUUUACCUCAACGUGGGGCUCAAACAUACGACCCUUACAUCUCCUCCCGUUCAGAUUCCAUCCCUUCAGCCUCUCCCGGAGACCUGUCUUCUCAACCCGCCAGCGAGUCAGAUCGUACUUCUUUGGCUGUUAGGAGUCAUACUCAAUCCGCUCAACCACCUCUCCCUUCCUACAACGCCGUCAUGGCUUCCCAACCUGGACUAGCUCUUGUCAAACCCUCUCAGCCAUACAACAACAACGCCGGCCAUCCAUCUCACGUCCGUGUUCCUAGCCUAGAGCAACCGUCUUAUCCCCCUGUAGACUACGGUCUGCCCACAUCCCAAUAUCCUCCGACCCACGAUCCCAAUUAUUCUUCCCGGCGACCCAUAUCAGACCCCAACGAACUGAACUUUUCACAGCUGUCCAUGUCGUCGAACCCCCCUCCCGCUAGACACAACACGGCACCAGCUCAACCACCUUCACACCGUGAUCAAAACCCAUAUCGGUCACGAGUAGGAGGAGGUGGUUAUCCCACUGUGGCAGACGGAGACGCCUCUGCCAGCGUUUACAGCUUGGAUUCUGGUUUGGGAGCUUAUGCGGCUGGACCUUCGGAUCAAAUGGCAGGAAACAUGUACGCCCCGCAUGGUCAUGGCCAUGCGGCUCCAGGAUGGGACCCGUAUGGCAGCGGCGGCUAUCCACCGCAGGAAUACAACCCUUAUUACUCUGCGGCAAGCGAGUUUCUCAAUCCUCCACCCACCGCCUUUCCACAGAACACUUCCGGCAACCUCAUUCCAUCACGUCAAGAAAGCAUCUCAUCCCUAGCACGUACCAACACAUCCGCUUCUGCCCUCUCUUCAGCAUCCUCGAUCUCUCUUGCCCGGAAACCCACCGAAGUCGUGGGUGCCUCAUCGACACGUCGACGAGGUGGGCAAGCAGCGAUCGACAUGAACAAACCACCUUACACCAAGCAGUACGUGGACGAUUAUCGGAAACGUAUGAAAGAUGAUCCCGACCCGGAAGCUCAAUUCGCAUUCUCCAAGUACUUGAUCGAAGCCGCCAAGAAACUCGGGGACGAGAUCAGUCAAACAGAGCCAAAACUCGGUCGAAAAUAUCGAGAUACACUAUUGCAGGAGAGCUUGAGAAAUAUCAAAAAACUCGCAGAAGCCAAACAACCGUAUCCCGAUGCUCAAUUUUUCCUCGCCAACCUAUACGGUACCGGUCAGUUGGGUUUGCAGGUGGACCAUGAGAAGGCAUAUUAUCUGUAUCUGAUGGCCAGCAAGCUCAAUCACGCCGCUGCCACAUACCGAGCCGCCGUGUGCAAUGAAAUCGGUGCUGGCACCAAGAAGGACUACAACCGCGCUGUGCUGUUCUACCGCAAAGCAGCUGCUUUGGCCGAUACCGCCGCCAUGUACAAGCUCGGGAUGAUUCUCCUCGGUGGAUUGUUGGGACAGGCGAGAAACUCCCGUGAAGCAAUCGUGUGGCUACGUCGAGCUGCGGCUCAGGCUGACGAGGACAACCCACACGCUCUGCACGAGCUGGCUUUACUGCAUGAACGAGCCAACAACGGAGGCGUGGUACCUCAUGAUCCCCUCAUGGCUCGUGAGCUGUUCAACCAAGCCGCUCAGCUAGGGUAUGCACCUGCGCAGUUCAAGCUUGGCAGUUGUCACGAAUUUGGGACGUUGGGGUGUCCGAUAGAUCCGAGACGGAGUAUCGCUUGGUACACCAAGGCGGCAGAAAAAGGUGACAGUGAGGCAGAGUUGGCAUUGAGCGGAUGGUAUCUCACAGGAAGCGAAGGUGUGCUGAAGCAAUCCGAUACAGAGGCAUACCUAUGGGGAAGAAAGGCAGCCAACAAAGGCUUGGCAAAGGCAGAGUAUGCCGUCGGAUACUAUAGCGAGCUGGGUAUUGGAGUCAAGCAGGAUAUGGAUCAAGCCAAGCGAUGGUACAUGCGUGCAGCAGCCCAACAACACAAACGAGCGAUGCAACGGUUAACGGAAUUGAACAGCGCCAAAGGUGCCAAGGGCAAAAAGGCGGUCAGACCGACCCGAGACGAAGCGGAACACGAGUGUAUCAUAAUGUAA